AUGAUGCGCGCUCGUGAGUGCGACAUCGCAGUGGUAACGUCCUCGAAGCACUUCUUCGUGCCUAGCACGCCCGAAGAUAUUGCUGCGUACCGGGUCAACGAUAAAAGGCGAUUGGAAGGCCUUCUCGAGGAUGUUGUUGAUGUCGCAAAAGAUAUGGGUUUCUCUCGGACCACUAUCAACGGCAUUACGGACGGAUUGACCACCUGCGUUGACCAUCAGCAUAUCUGGGUGGAUGCGAAACAUGAACAGUUCGCUGCUGUAGUCUUGUACCUGAGCGCCGUACAAGCGGGUAUCAAACAGCCUGGUAUGUUGAACCAGCUAUCGAUGUGCUUUGGUGCAUCGAUGAAGGGUAUCAAGCAGCUACUCCCACCAGUGUCAAAACUGCUCAUCGAUACCAGCGCAAGGUUUGCCCUUGCUGACUUUAUGCAAACAUUCGAAAAGACAUACCCUGCCUAUCAAAAGCAUUCAAAAUAUCUUGCUCGGCUCCAGCUCAAGUUAUGGCGUCUGGUACUGGACCACUGUCUCUUCCCGUUCAAAUUCAUCACGGCGAACUGGCGACACGUCGUAACAUCCUGCAUAUAUGCGGUGACUACAGUCAACGACGUCUAUCUUGAUACCGAGGAGAUCAACGCCGCGAUAGAUGCACGUAGCCCUAGCAUUGGUGGCGAGGACCUGAACACGUUCCUGCUUUCCAAUAUUGUGGACGACAAAGCUUACCAGAUCAAGCACUAG